CACAGGCCCAUCGUGGAUACCCCUGUGCCAACGAAGCUGUUCCGCGAUGGGGGAAGCGGAGAUUGAUCACCUCCGUGUGCCUGCUUAGUUGUGAUGUUCACAAGCUGUUACCCUCAUCUUCUUGGCAGUCAUGCAUAGGGCUUUUCUUUGGACUCUGCACGGGUUCGUCGUCCCUGUCGGCUCGCGACCGUCGUUUUUGAACCUUGCUGCAACUUUCGCGACUUGAGCUUUGGAGUUGCACUUUGGACCUCUGGCCUCCUAACCACUACAGAUGCUCAGGCCUCCUCAUACCUUACUUUUCAGGAAUUUGGCUUCUUAGGCUGCCGUGUGGCGAGCGGCAUUCACAUCAGUGCGCAUUUCUAUAAGUGUGUGUGUGUGUGUCGGUCGCGCUCCCGUAUUUGGGUUAUGCCACGGUGAAAACUAACAAGCUGGACCUAUACUUGCCGCAAUGAAGCAUGCUAUGAUUGAAGCGCAUCACGCCACGUUGCACUGAGUCAGCCCUUCUCCUUGACCACCAUCUCCUUGCCGGCCAAACCGGGCACCCAAGCAGCCCGCGGCUUUGACUCUGGUGGCGCCAGCGGUCCGGGCACUGGAGGCGCCAACGUUGGAGGCAAUGCAGCCAUGCUUGUGGGCAGCAGUGCCUUGUUGGCUGGCUUCAUGGCCUCCAUGGCCACAGCGCCCUCUGGUCAACAGAUGCUGGCCAACGCACGAAGCAGUGAUGGAUGCACACCCUACGCAAACAUCAUGGGCGGCGGUGGUUUUGGAGCUGAUCAAAUUUUUAAUGCCUUGCAGGCGGGCGGAGGUUCGCAGGACUCCGGGCACUGGUGGGAUGCAGCCACAAGCCAUGUGAAACGAAUGAGCUCAAGCACAAUCAAUGAGCAGCACCUGGAAAUCAAAAAUGAGACGAACGUGGAGAUUGAACAGGAGCAGAAUCUGGUCCAACAAACUUUCAUAGAGCAAAACAUUAUACUUGCAGGCAGCGAGCUUGACAACACCAAAGUGGAUAGUAUCCAGCCAAAGGAUUUGCAAAAUGCAAAAGGACCUAGCACAGGCGAUGAGGAGGAGGAGGAAGAGAAUGACGAGACAGAGGGCAAGGAAGAAGGCAAGGAGCAACAGGCUGCGCCUGAGGAGUCGGAGCAGAAGGAGGAAAAGCAAGACACCAGGAGUGAGGAGGAGGAGAAGGAGGGGGAGGAGCUAAAAGAAGAUGAGGAGAAAGAAGACGAGGCAGUGCAAGAGCACGAGAGUGAGGAACAAGAGGAAGACGAGGCGCAGCAAGAGCACGAGAGUGAGGAGGAACAAGAGGAAUCAGAGCAAGCGAACCAGAGUGAGGAGGAACAAGAGGAUGAAGAGGAGCCGAAGGAUCAGGAGGAACAAGGUGAGGAUGCCGACGAACCAGAAUCAGAAGGGGAAGAUGACGACGAACCCGAGGAGGACGAUGACGAACCCGAGGAUGAUGAUGAAGAGGACGACUAGGAGAGGAGAUCUCCGAGGCUAACGUGAAAUGUGUGAAGCGAGGCAAAGAAUCUUGCAGACAUUCGCCCCAGAAGUCAGAUCUGCCAAGCAGUCUGUCGAACACAUGGUGCAGAGUUGCCAGGUUGUGGAUCAAAACCGGGUGUACACAAGAUGAGGA